CACGCAAAACUUUACCCACCGUCUUUCUUUUUCUCUAGAGAUCUCCAUUCUCUUAAAUAUAACUUUUCUUUCUCUCUCACACCAUAGCUAUCAUUCUAUUCUCUUCAUAUAUUCUCACUUAUUUAACUUUAAUUCUUGCAUUAAAUUAAAUUAUGGCUCUUCUUCUAGGUGCCUUUAUGUUCUUGCUUUCAAUGGCUGCUCAGUCCAAUGGAGCUUCAUAUUGUAUUUGCAAAGAUGGGUUGAGUGAUGCAGUGUUGCAGAAAAAUAUAGAUUAUGCUUGUGGAGCUGGAGCUGAUUGUUCAGCAAUUAGUCAAGGUGGUUCUUGUUUUAACCCAAACACAGUAAAAGACCACUGUAAUUAUGCUGUUAAUAGUUAUUACCAGAAGAAAGGUCAAGCUACUGGAACCUGUGAUUUCUCAGGCACUGCAAUUCCUAGUGCUAGUCCACCAGCUCUUGCUACUACUGGAUGUGUUUUUCCAUCAAGUGGCAGUGGAGGAACCCCAACCACACCUGGGACCGGCACACCGGGAACAGGAACGCCAGGAACCGGCACACCGGGAACAGGAACGCCAGGCACCGGCACACCGGGAACAGGAACGCCAGGCACCGGCACACCCGGGACAGGAACGCCAGGCACCGGCACACCCGGGACAGGAACGCCAGGCACCGGCACACCUGGGACUGGUACCCCCGGCACCGGCACACCCGGGACUGGUACACCUGGAACAGGAACCCCAGGAACGGGGACACCAACAGGCACAGGUACGGGUACACCUGGAAUUGGAAAUCCAGGCACAGGAACACCUUCAACAACAGUUCCAGGAACUAGUCCGUUCCCCGGUCUUGCUCCAACAGGUGUCAUCAGCAAUCCAGACGGCAGUGGAUCUGCAAGUCCACAUCAAUGUGCACACUCCUCUUACUCUUUAACAUUAACACUCAUGUUUUCAGUCUUGUUCUGUUUCAAGCUUUGAAUAAAGAAUGUCUGAAAUUAGUGGAUCUUCUUUAGUAUCUGAAUCCUGUUCUGCACUAGAGUGGACCUCAGUUGUGGAGAGAGCCUUUGUUAUCUGUUCCUGUAUGUUAAAAGGGAUGGGAAUUGGAUUCCCUAGCUAGUAGCUGUUAGUCGAGUAAGGAAUCUGAUCUCUUCCCUUUAAAUUUAUUCCAUUUGUAUAUCUAAUGAGUGAUUUUAAUUUUAUUAUGAUCAAUAAUUAGCUUC